UGUUUCUCUCUCUCUCCAUUCUCUGUCCCAGGGUCUCUCUCUCUCUCUCCCCCUCGCUCUCCCUCUCUCGCUCCCUCUCUCUCUCUCUCUCCGGGUUGUUCGGCGGACCGGCAGCGGGGCCAUAGCCGCGGCAGCAGGCACUUUCACCGGCACGGGGAAAUGUAUUGACACCGAGGAGGAACAGGAGCGCGUCUCAUUCCACGCCGCUGUUGGGUUUCUCUUUCUUUCUUCUUUCUUUUUUGUGGCUUUGUUUUGUUUUUUGAUACCAAGCAUCGGUGGACAUUUGUGGAUUUAUUGUUGCUUACCCACGCAAAAGGCCGUCAUGGAGGAAUCCGGUUCCCAGAAGCUGGUGUGGGACAGCGACGCCAAAGCGGUCCAGCAGUGUUUGACGGACAUAUUCACCAGCGUCUACACCACGUGCGACGUGCCUGAGAACGCCAUCUUCGGCCCGUGCGUGCUGAGCCACACGUCCCUGUACGACAGCAUCGCCUUCAUAGCGCUCAAGUCCACGGACAAGCGGACGGCGCCCUACAUCUUCAGGGUGGACACCUCGGCGGCCAACAGCACGUCGGAGGGUCUGAUGUGGCUGCGGCUGGUGCAGUGCGCCCGGGACAAGGAGGAGCAGAACCUGGAGGCCUACGUGAAGAACGGCCAGCUCUUCUACCGCUCCCUGCGCAGGAUUGAGAAGGACGAGGAGCUGCUGGUGUGGUACGGCAAGGACCUCGUCGAGCUGCUGCUCCUCAGCUCGGGCAGGGCGCAGGCCAAGAGCAAGGGCUCGUCCCCCCUCUCCUGCCCUGACUGCAGCCAGCGCUUCCAGUUCGAGUUCCCCUUUCUGGCCCACCUCAGGUUUCGCUGCACCAAGAGACUGCAGAGUGUCACGGGGGCCGACGAGGACGCGGCCAAGGAGAGCGGCACCGAGCGCCCCAACACAACCCCGACCAGGGCCAGCCCCAAGCUGGGCCGCUCCGAGGGCUUCUCCAGCACCCAGGACAGCAGCAAACCCUCCACAGACUUUCACAACCUGGCCAGAGAUCUGGAGAACAACAGGACGAGCCCGCCCAGCGACAAGGAGGCAGAAAUCCGCAGUGAGAGCUCGGGCAAGAGGAAGUUCUCCGAGGUGGAGGACAGGGAGAGCCGGGAAGGUCUGACCCUCACUCACACCAAGUCUAAAGAGGAGCUAGCCAGUUCGGCGCAGAACUACAGAGGAGUGUACGGUCUGGAGGAGAACCACAGGUCCCUCUCCCCACCGGGCUCCACGGAGCCAGGAGAGCCCAAGCGUAGCGCCUUCACUGAGGUCAGGAAGUCACCGCACAGUCUCAAGCAGCACAGUGGCACCAACAAGAGCCUCUCGAGCUCCAACUCUGAGAACAAGGAGGGCAGUCGCCCCGGGAGCAACCCCACCGAGAAGCACCUCAACAUUAGGCAGGUGCUGUCGGAGACUCAGCCACCCCAGACCCCACCCAUGGGCAGCGCUUUCACCUCGGUGGGGCAGCAGGGCAGCAGAGGGGAUGGUGGGGAGAGGAAAAGCGCCUUCAGUCAGCCAUCACGUUCGUCCUUCUCCCAGAUCUCCCAACUGGUGAUGCCGCCCAAGAUGAUCGACUGCCAUCCAGCAGUGGGCGAUACCAUCUCCUCCAGCAGACUCUACCAGGCGGACCACCUGGCCGCCAAGCUCCAGGGAGCAGAGCUGGGAGCCAACUGCCCUGUGCCGGGUGGCAUGGCCAAGCAGAGCCCCUUCGUCUACGCCACCGCCUUCUGGCCCAAGAACUCCGCACCCAUCCAGCUGCAGAUGCCCUCGGCCCUCACUCUCCUGCCCCCUAGCUUCACCUCGCUCUGCCUGCCGGCGCAGAACUGGUGCGCCAAGUGCAAUGCCUCCUUCCGCAUGACGUCGGACCUGGUUUACCACAUGCGGUCCCACCAUAAAAAGGAGUACGCCAUGGAGCCCCUGGUGAAGCGGCGGCGUGAAGAGAAGCUCAAGUGUCCCAUCUGCAACGAGUCCUUCCGGGAACGGCACCACCUGUCACGUCACAUGACCUCCCACAACUGAACACACCUGAAAUAAACCUGUGGGGGGUGUGGGGGGGGACUUUUUCAAGCUUUCUGGUCUGGUCAUGGAUAUAAACAGUCCAAAUGGAGAAAUGUCACUUAAGAAUAUGAACAAAUGGAAAAAAAAGACAAAACAAAAUUAAGGAAAAAAAAAAAACACACACACACACCUCUCACCAUCAUGGACGCCAUUCUCGUGUUUUCCUUUGGGUCCGUUAUUUUUCCCUCCCCUGGUCAAAAUGUCGUGUUUUGGGUGUAUGCAACUGCGUUUUGACUUUGGAAAAUGAAUCUAUUUAUAAAGCACUUAACGUUUGAAAAUAAGGGAAGAUUUAAAUGUGUAAAUGUACAGCAAGUUGUAUUUUAUAUCAUAUUAAUGCGACUAUAGAGAAGAAUUCCCAGUGUAGUUCCACUUCACUGUUUACAAGGCAGCGACGUUUUUCUCUCUCGUGUCUCCCACGGCUGUGCUCACCAACUGGGGAUAUCGUGUCAGACUAUAUGUCACAGUGCAUGUAAUAUCAAAUAAUAUUAAUUUAAGAUGCAGUCUAUACAUUACAAUGUAAAUAACUUGUUUUAUUUGAAAUACAAAGUGUAAUAUUUUGUGUCAGUGGGGAAUAGUUUCCGUGUUUUCUUCCUUUUGCGAAAAUUUACUACUCGAUAGUUUAUUUAAUCAUGUUGAAUGC